AUGCUUCAGGACUGCUUCACCAAGCUUCCUGCAGUUCCCGUUUUGUGUCCAAAACGUUUCCAGACCGGCUUUGCAACAGAAAAGACUGUUCACUAUCUUCCUCUUGAAGAGGUGAGACCAUACGACAAGACGGUGGAGAUCACGGAGCUGGAGGUGCCAGAGUCGCCCAGGGCCGGAGACGACGUCACCCUCACCUGUCGCUUCAAGCUGCACGGCAACGGACACAACCUCUACACCGUCAACUGGUGGCGGGGCAAGGACCAGUUCUACACCUACAAGGGCACCAACCUCGACUCCAAACAUGCCUUCACCUUUCGCGGUAUACAGAUGAAAGAGGAGGAGUCGACACGGGAGUCAGUUGUACUCAAGAACGUGUCCGAAGACACUUCAGGGGUCUUCAAGUGUGAGGUGAUGGGUGAGGGUCCCUCCUUCAGGACAGCCGUCGAGACCAAGGUCAUGAAUGUUAUAGUGCCGCCGAGGACCGUGGAGGUACACUCCUGGGCCGACCCGGACCCGCCCACCUACCGUGCGGGUGAAACUAUCCAGAUUAACUGCACGGCUAGAGGCGCCAAGCCCAGAGCUCACAUUAUGUGGGAGAUCAACGGAAGACCGGUGAGAGAUCUCAACGUGGUGAAGUAUGCAGACUUCGAGGACCACCGAGGGAGAGUGACGACCACUCUGGGCCUCCGCUGGAUGGCCCCAGAGUACUUCCACAACAACAUGGCCCGGGUCACCUGUCGGGCAGCUGUGGCCGGCCACUCCACCACAGCAUCCAAAGAUAUUUAUCUCGACCCAGCAUCCAGCGCCGCCUUCAACCAUCCGUACGGUUCUGCAGGAAAUUUAAGCUUUGUCGAAGGAGAAAUAGAGAAUAUUCCUGCAAGUAUCAGUGAUCUAAACCUCUCGGGGGCGUUUCAGGUCUUCCACGAGACCAGUGUGGAUAAUAGGUCCCUCUCUGGAGUGCUCCGAGUGCUUAUGGCGUCCUAG